AUGGCUCCCACAGGUCACUGCUCCAAGUUCGUCGAAAGACAAAAUCGAUCUGCCCGGGCUCCCUGCUUCACCCCAGGGCGUGUGGAGGAGCUCAGGACGCACCGCUAUGAACCACCGCUGAUCGCCGACUCCGCGCGCCCACCCAAGCCCGACACAACGCACCCUGAGGCGGACACAGACGCACAGAGGCACCCGCUGCUGCUGCUGGAGCUCAGGGUGAAGAUAAGAGAUGUAAUCGACCCAGGUCUGUGCAGGUAUGCGCUGGGUUUGGAGGACGGCCGGAUCAGAGACGAGGCCCUGAGCGCCUCCAGCCAAUGGCACAUCACCACCGGCCCCCAGUACGCCAGGUUGAACCGUGAGGAAGGACACGGAGCCUGGUGCCCCCAGCUGGCUUCCGACCCCCAGUACCUGCAGGUGGACCUGGGCCGGCUGACGUUCCUCACUGUGGUGGGCACUCAGGGACGCUACAUUCACAACUCUGGGAAUGAGUUUGCCCGAACAUACCGCCUUAACUACAGCCGUGACGGAGUCCUGUGGAAGUCAUGGAGAAACCGCCAGGGAAACACGGUGCUGAAGGGGAACGUAAACGCCUUCACCUCGGUGCUGAAUGACCUCCAACCUCCGGUGAUCACGCGCUUCGUCAGAGUGCUGCUCACUCCGUCUUACUUCGUCUGCAUGAGGCUGGAGCUCUAUGGCUGCACCUGGGAAGAUGGUCUGAUGUCGUACUCUGCUCCGCUGGGACACGUCAUGACUCCUCCUGGUUUUACCGCCAUCACCCUCAAUGACUCCAGCUAUGACGGCUCCCGCUACAGAGGGAGGCUGGUGGGAGGCCUAGGUAAGCUGACAGACGGAGCCAUUGGUCUGGACGACUUCCUGGUCACGCGGCAGUACCAGGUGUGGCCUGGAUACGAUUACGUCGGCUGGAAAAACGACUCGCUCUCUCAGGUGGACAUCGAGUUCACCUUCGACAGGACCAGAAACUUCACCUACAUGAAAGUGCACAGUAACAACAUGUUCUCUCGCGGCGUGAAGAUCUUCUCGUCGGUUUGGUGUGCGUUCAGGCGGCAGCUAGCGGGGGCGUUUGAGGUGAAGCGGGUGGACUUCCGGACGGUUCUGGACGAUCGGAACCCCAGCGCUCGCUACGUCACGGUGCCUCUGGGCCGGGCCGGCAGAGUCAUCCACUGCAGCUUCAGCUUCGCCGACACAUGGAUGAUGUUCAGCGAGAUCUCCUUCCACUCAGAGGAGGCCGUAGUGAUCCCACAGAGUGGAGACAAGUCGACAACAUCAGCACCUGUUCAUGUGACUGCCACCAUGUCCCCUCACUCAGCUGUGAAUGCUUCGUCUAGCCCCGCCCCAGAGGAGGGCAGUUCGGCUGUGCUGAUUGGCUGCCUGGUGUCCAUCAUCCUGCUGCUCGUGGUGGUGAUCUUCCUGAUUCUGUGGUGUCAGUGCGUCUGCAAAGUUCUGGAGAAGGCUCCUCGGAGAAUCCUGGAGGAGGAGAUGACUGUGCGGCUGUCCUCCUGCAGCGACACCAUCGUCCUGCAGACCCCCCCUGUGCCCCCCCGCAAUACACAAGCAGUCAUCUGUGACCCUCACUACGAGCGAGUUUUUCUUUUGGACCCUCAAUAUCAGAAUCCAGCUCAUCUGAGGAACAAGCUGCCAGAGCUGUCACAGAGCGCAGAGGCCUCAGUUUUUCUGGGUAACCCUCUGUACGACCUGAUCCUCCUCUCUUCCUGUCGCCUCCUCCCUGAGCCCUUCACCUCCUGUCAGCUGACCGGGGGCUGGCUGCGGGCGUGCGGCGGAGGUUACGCGGAGCCAGACGUGACCCAGUGCACGCCUCAUCAGAGCUUCCAGACCUCGGCGCCGCACUACGCUGAGACCGACAUCGUGAGGCUGCAGGGGGUCACGGGCUCCAACAUGUACGCCGUCCCCGCGCUCACCGUGGACUCGCUCACUCGCAAAGAUAUCUCCGCCGCCGAGAUCCCCCGCCACCGGCUGCUCUUCAGGGAGAAGCUGGGAGAGGGCCAGUUUGGAGAGGUGCACCUGUGCGAGGCCGAGGGGCUGGAGGUCCUGGGAUCUUCGCGCUCAGACUUGCGUUCUGUUCUGGUGGCAGUGAAACAGCUGCGAGCCGACGCCACCAACCAGGCCCGAAACGACUUCCUGAAGGAGAUAAAAAUCAUGUCUCGCCUGAACGACCCGAACAUCAUCCGUCUGCUGUGUGUGUGCGUGACCUCCGACCCCCUGUGCAUGGUCACCGAGUACAUGGAGAACGGAGACCUCAACAUGUUCCUGUCCCAGCGCGAGAUCGAGAGCACGCUAACGCACGCGAACAACAUCCCCUCUGUCAGUCUGUCGGAGCUGCUGCACAUGUCGGUCCAGAUUGCCUCUGGGAUGAAGUAUUUGGCCUCUCUGAACUUUGUGCAUCGAGAUCUGGCCACGAGGAACUGUCUCCUGGACCGACGCCUCACCAUCAAGAUCUCCGACUUCGGCAUGAGCAGGAAUCUGUACAGCAGCGACUACUACAGGAUCCAGGGCAGAGCUGUGCUGCCCAUUCGCUGGAUGGCCUGGGAGAGCAUCCUACUGGGGAAGUUCACCACGGCCUCAGACGUGUGGGCGUUCGGAGUGACUCUGUGGGAAAUGUUCACGCUGUGUAAGGAGCAGCCGUACUCUCUGCUGUCAGACGAACAGGUCAUCGAGAACACUGGAGAGCACUUCAGGAACCAGGGUCGACAGAUCUUCCUGUAUGCUCCUCCGCUGUGUCCGCCGUCUCUCUUCGAGCUCAUGAUGCGCUGCUGGAGACGAGACAUCCAGGACAGACCCACGUUUGAGGGGCUCUACCAGGCUCUUCGGCCACACGUGCAGUGA